AUGGAACAUCUAUCCCUCCCACUCAUUGUCGAUAUUUGCCCUUCUCUCACGCUAAAGGUCGCUUUUGUGGACGCUUGCGGACACGACGACGGUACGCUGCUUAAUCCCACCAUUGAAUGCGAGAUUGUCCGAGAUGCGGAUGCAGGCCACGACGAUUUGCCGAAUACGUGA